AUGGAAACUGUUCCUCUUUUUCAGGUGAAAAAGACACCAACUGUUACAAAGGAUGAGUUCAAACACCUCCCUAAAACAGAACGCGGAGUUGCUCUCCGAAAAGCACUGAAAAAGAAUAAGCGCGCUCGACAAGCUGAACGGGAAAAAUUGCGAGAAACUCUCGGAGAUGCAGCACCGCCGAAAGAAGUGCCGAAAACAAUUGAGAGCACUAGAGAAUACGAUGUGACAAUGGUCCAAGAUAACGAUGAAGAGAUAGAGCAUGAUGAAGCUCAUGACGAGUUUGCAGCGUACUUUAAUCGCGAAACGACACCAAAGGUUCUAAUAACAAUGUCGCCAUUUGCGAAGAAGACUACAUGGAAGUUCUGUUUCGAACUGCAAAAGUGUAUUCCAAACGCUGAGAUUUUCUCUCGCAAAGGAGUUCCAUUGAAAAAAGUUGUCAAGCAAUCUAUAGCCCGCUCUUACACUGAUUUAAUUGUUGUGCAUGAAGACCAGAAGAAGCCAAGUGAUAUCAUUGUUUUCCGUUUCUUAUUUCCCCAUCACCGUGCUGGUGAGUCGACUUCUCACUAUCCUGAAAUUAUUCUCAACAAUUUUAACACUCGAUUAGGUCACACCACUGCUAGGAUGUUUGCUUGUUUGUUCCCACAUGAUCCUAAGUUCACUGGGCGUCGUGUUGUAACUUUCCACAAUCAAAGGGACUACGUCUUCUUCCGGCAUCAUAGGUACGAAUUCAAAAAGGAAGGUGAAAAAGCAGCUUUGGUUGAACUGGGCCCACGUUUUACUUUGCGACUGAAGUGGCUACAAAAGGGAACCUUUGAUACGAAAUGGGGAGAGUUUGAGUGGGUUUUGAAGGUAGGCGUUAGUUUGAAUUUAUGUUUAUUAGUUGUGCUCAAUGAACGGAAAAAAUUCACAUUUCAGCGUCACGAAAUGGAAACUUCACGGCGAAGAUUUUUCUUAUAA